AUGGCUAUUAUUGUCCGCACGGUUGUGCUUGUCCUCGCCAUCCCGACCACGAUGGUCUGCUGUCUACGGCUGUACGUGCGCAAGUUUAUCCUGAGAUCCUUUGGGCUGGACGACUGGAUGGUGGUGUUCGCUCUGAUAAUGGUUAAUGGGUUCUCCGCUCUUGGCUAUACCAUCACCUACUACGGACUGGGGCAGAGGACCCGCUACGUCUCGGAGUCGCAUCUGGUAAUAUGGCUCAAAAUCUACUAUGCAGCCCAGUGCAGCUACCUCAUAGUGGCGUUCGCGGUCAAGGCCAGCCUGACCAUCUUCGUCAUGCGUCUUUUCCCCACCCCUCGGAUCGAAGCCAUCGGCAGAUGCAUGUUAGGGUUUCUUGCGGCCUUCACCCUCUCGGGCACUCUGGCCCUCGCCUUCCAGUGUCGACCAUUCCGCGCCGUCUAUGACAAGUCCAUCACCGAUUCCCAGUGCUACACGGUGGAGUCAUCCUUUGCUAUCCUCAUCCUCCAGGGAGUGAUCAUGUUCGUGAUGGACGUGGUCAUUCUGACCCUCCCCGUCCGUUGUAUCUGGAACCUCAACAUGCCCCUCCGACAACGGAUCCUAGUCCUGGGCCUGCUUUUGCUUGGCUUUGCCGCAUGCAUCGCCGCCCUCGUCCGAUUCAGCACGUUGACCUACGCCACCGAUGAAACGGACUAUACCUACUCAGCCGCCAAGUCCCUCGUGUGGAUGGUCAUCGAAUUCAACCUCGGGCUCAUGACCGGGUCGCUGCCCUCGCUACGCACGUUCGUCCAGCUCCGAACCUCGGCUCACCGAUCUUCUCUUGCGACCACUGGCUCCACCAACCUCGAGUUCGGAAAGGUCGGGUGGGGAAAGGGGAUCAAGAAGGAGACGCAGAUCACGAGGGUCUUCGAGACCAUAGAUGAUGAUGGUAGUGAUGAUCAGGGCCGCAUCGCCCCCCUUUAUGGCCCGGAGAGGUUCACCACCACCGCCCAUGCCUUUUCCGAUAUGGGGACCGCGCAGGCCGAGUCUCAUACUCUGUCGAAGGGUCGGGGAGUCUUUUGA